AUGCUUUACGACGGUGAAUUUCUUACCAACUACUUCUUAUUAUUUCCAAAUGAUAUCAUAAUUAGAAUCUUUCAUCUACUUUCUAAUGAAUUAGUUGAAUGUUUGAUGAAUACAAAUGCAUUCCAAACACCAGUGUACUAUGAAUUCUUGAAGGACAUAAUCAUUUAUAAACCAAAGCCAAAAAAACCAAUGAGAAUGGGAUCAAUGUGUGGGGCAUCAUAUGAACCAUUUAUGGAAAAACCACCAACAUUAGCAUUGAACAAUUUACCAUCUAAUUUUAUACCAAGGAGUAUUCAUAUUCAGGGUAACAUAAAAGAAGUUAAGGCCUACUUAUCUCAAAAUUCAAAUUUUAUAAACACCAUAAAAGAUAUCAGAAUUUCAUUACGUAUGGAUUUACGUCCAAUCCCAAGAGUUGGAGUUCCCCCAAGUAUAAUUCAAUUACAAAACUUGACAUUAUUGGAGAUUGCUUUUCAUUUGAAGCCAUGCCAGUAUCUCAUAAUACCUUUCAACAUUAAUAAUAAAACUGAUGUAUUGGAUUUGAAAAACAUUGCUAGGAAGAUGGGCAAACCAAGAAUUUUCUCUGAUAUUUUUGAUAGGAUACCUUUAAACACUUCUGUUUUAAAGCUUUUAUACAUGGAUGAAUUCCCUCGAAUUGCCAAUUUAAACAAUUUGAAAUCAUUGAGCCUCCUUCGUUGUGAUACUUCCGAAUUUAUCAAUACAUUGCCUAAGUCAUUGGAAAAAGUUUGGAUCAAAUAUGGUCGCUUUCCAGACCAUCAAAUCGUAUGGCCACCUAAUUUGAAAUCCAUUCAUCUUGAGGGAGUGGCUUCAUACAAUACAUCAAUAAUAUUUACAAAUUGGCCCAAUACAUUAAAAUCCUUAACUUUAAAGAAUAAUUCCUUUAAUAAUCAUGACGUAAGUAAUUUACCAGGGUGUUUGGAAUAUUUAGAAUUAGAAAAUGAUCUGUAUUGGAGAAAAUGUACUUUUAUUCUUCAAUCCGAUGAGUCAGGUCAUCAUACGUUUCCAGAAUCUUUAAUACAUAUGAAAUUAUCAAAAGUUGAAUUUCCUGAAGAACCUAAUACUAUCUUAGAUUUUCCUAAGAAUUUGAAAAGAUUGGAAUUAUUGAAAAGCCUGCUACGUCUUGAAGAUUGUAUAUUUCCAGAAUCAUUAGAAUAUUUGGAUUUGAUUGGAAAUAAAAUUGAUAACAUUAUCAGUUACAAUAAUCCAAGUUUAAAUACAGACUGGCAACAUUUGAUACAUUUACGUCAUCUAUCACUAGAAAAUAAUUCAUUAACCCAAUCUUCUUUAAUGGACUGGUUACCCCCUAGGAAUUUAAACUAUCUAGAUCUACAAGACAAUAACAUCCACGACUUGAACAUUUCCCUUUUCAAGAAAACGAGCAAGGGAUUUACACAUAAUCUUUUGAAAAUUGACCUUUAUAAUAAUGAAAUCAGUAAUAUUCCGUGUGAUUUCUAUUUACCAGAUAAUUUAUGUGAAUUCUUUAUCAGAUAUAGUUCUUUUCCAUCCCGAUUUUUUCCAAUCGUCAUAAGAGGUAAGAGGGUAACAGAGGUUUUCCAUAGAGGAAUUUUGUGA